AUGAAGGGAGGACUGGUGGUGUUGUUGGUGGCAAUUGUGGCGGUGUGGUGCGUCGGCUCAGGCCGAGCAACGAUGCCUCAGGCCGCGGCUGCGGCGGGCGGGCGCAUGGCGCGGGAAUUCGAAGAUCGAGGCACCCUGUGGGUCGGGCGACCCAAGCGGGGCGAGCAGCUCGAGCUGGGCGGCCACAAGGGCGUGUCCUACCACAUCGCCGGCCUUCGCCCCGGCGCCUCCUACGAAGCCCGCCUCUCCUACCCUGCCUUCAACUCGGCGGCGUUCACGGUGAUGUUUGCGCCGGCGGCGGAGGGACCACAAGACGACGAUGGCGACGAUAGGGCCGAGGGGCGCAGCAGCGGCUCGAGCCGGUUCACGGCGCCCGUCACGGUGACCGGUCCCGACGGCGCCAGCGUGCCCGUGCCCGAGCUUGAGGACGGCAUCGGCUUCGUCAUGUUCGUGUCGGCCGUGCGCGAGGGCGUUGCCGCGCCCGGCUACGUGGACGACCACAUCAUCUCCUACAGCAUCGUGGUGGAAGAGCUGGCACUUCCACAGUACGGCGGCCUGCCCGGCGGCACCCUGGGCGUGGCGGCCAUGUCCGUCGGCCUGAUCGGCUUCGCUGCCUACGGCGCCACCAAGCUGCGUCGCAUCCUCCUCAUCCGUGCUCGUGGCACCAAGAUCCAGUGA